UAGUUUAUCGUUUAUCCAUACCGGCUUUUUAAAGGUUAAAAUUGUUAUUUUUAUUUAAAAUAGAAAGUUUUCAAAAAGAAUACUAACUUAAUUUAAGAGAAAAAAAUAUACUUUAUUCAUACUGAAUUUAAUUGAAAUCAUUUAAUCAUGGAUACAUCAUCAAAUUCCUCAUAUAUCGAACAAACGAAAGUUGACCAAACGAACAGCACCGUUGUAGAGGUACCAGAUCUGUCCAUGGAACCGGAUAACUUCCAUUCGGUCGAAGAAUCGCAAAUAGCAAUUACAUUUGAUGUGAGUGCCGUUUCCGAAGAAACAUCACUCGACGAUAAAACACAAUACACUAGCCAAAUCGAUAGUAUAAUCGAAGAAGACGUUAGUGUAUCCAUGGACACAUCGACUGCUCUAUUAGAAGACCCAAGUCAAAAUGGAACAAAUCCAACAGCAAUUGAAGAAUCUGAUGAGAACUUUUUCUUCAAAAAAAAUUUAUUAGAACUUGGUCGUUACAUGUGGGAAACAAAUCACGAAAAACAGUGUUAUACUAAAGGGUGCCUUUGGUCGCCAGAUGGUACAUGUUGUUUAGUGCCUGUUCAUUUAGAUGGAAUGCAUCUUAUUGAACUGCCGUCGGAUCUCUACCAAGGAAAAGUUUCUCCCAACAGAGGUAUUACCAAACUAUCGAGCGCUGUGCACGUUAAAGAAGGCGGCACAGUCUACGAUUGUUCAUGGUAUCCAUUUAUGAAUAGCCAAUAUCCAGAAACAUGUUGCUGGUUGGCUUCGAGACAACACGAACCUAUUCAAAUGUGGGAUGCCUUCAACGGUGACCUUAGAGCCUCAUACCGUGGUUAUGACGACGUAGAUGAAAUAGAAGCCGCCAUAUCUGUGAUAUUCUCUCCCGAUGGUGAGCAUGUGCUCGGAGGAUACAAGAAGUGUAUUCGCAUAUUCGACACCGAUAUUCCAGGAAGAAGUUGUACAAAGUUAGUGACCAAGCAAGCCAUAUCCGCUUUUGCACUGACGUCACAAACUAAAGACAUUAUAACCACUGGUUCGUGGAACGGUGUAAUCAGUCUGUUCGACAAACGAAUGCCAAACAUGGGAAGCUUGCAUUCUCUGUUUGGUCAUAAUGGUGGCAUAACAUUUCUGAAAUAUUCAAAUGAUGGAAACGUAUUGUUUAGUGGCGCUAGAAAAGACAAUGGACUUUGUUUAUGGGAUAUGAGAGAUUUUUCUAAACCUAUGGCAGUGCUAAGUAGGAGUGUAUCGAGCAACCAAAGGAUAUACUUUGAUUUGAGUCCUCAAAACGAAUGGUUGCUUAGUGGAGACUCGGAAGGUUUGAUAAGGAUGUGGAAUCUAAACAAUAUUGAAGAAAAACGUUCGUUCCGAGUUCAUGGUGACUCUUGUAAUGGGGUUAGCUUUCAUCCAAAUAGACCAAUAAUAGCAAGUUCUGCGGGACAGUUUCAUUUUCUUGAUCAGAUUGACGACAAAUGCACAGAAGAGAGAGUCGUUGAAUAUGAAAAUUCGCUUAUAUUCUGGUGGAUUGAACCACGAAAUAGUUAAAUGUUACCAAUUUUGUUUACUAUUAAAGUUAGUUCGAUUUUGUUUUUCCUUAUUGGGAGAAAAUUCCUAAUUAUAAAUAGAGAGAGAGAUUUUAAUGAAUUGUAUGUCGCACCUAUGUUAGUGAUUUUCUGUGGUCCAACCAACCUAUAGGAUGGGGUAAAGCAAUUCAACAUAAUCUUCGUACAACCUCGAUAUAAAAAAACCGUUAAAAUUGUUGAUUUAAUAAACUGGUCCUAUGUGACUUUUUUGAAA